CACUAAGCCACACUGCUUCUCAGUUUGUCCCAAUUAAUUCCUUCAUCCUUUGGAAAAGAUGGGGAAUGUUGAAAGCAGCUCCUAUAGGAACUAUCAUUCACAGUUUCUUCCCGAAGAGCAAACCGAGAUUGAUGGAAUGUUUGAUGCAAUAUCAGGUUUGAAUGGAUCAUCUGGUGUAAAGGAUGGAAAGACUCCCCCAAAAUCUGUAUCCCUGGAAAUGCUGGAGGCUUAUGUAGGUGAAGCUUUACCCAAGCUAAUGACUGCAAGGCUCUACAAUGGCAUGAAGAAUGUUGAUUUAAUGGGAAAAUCAUCUGGACCAAGUGAACACAUUAUUAAGGAACAGGGUAUCGUUUUCAUGUCGGACCUUUUAAAAGGAAAUGCAGAAGAGAAGAGUGCCAUGAUCAUGAAAAUGUUAUCUGCAGCUGAAGGACCUGUGAAAGGAAAGCACAUUCAAGAGUUUACAGAGGACCUGAUUACGUCUGUGGUGCAAGUGUUGAACUACAGAAAUGAGCUGAGAGGUUGGACUCUGGAAGCGAUGCGAGACUCUGCUUCGGGAGUAAAGACGUUGGCCGCCCAGCUGUUCUCAGAACUGAAGUUUCAAGAUGGAGAGAAGCCUGAGGGGCCUGCGAUGCUUAAUGCCAGUUGUGACAGAAAGGCCCUCGAGGACUGGGUAUUCCGCGUUCCUCAGAUAGCUCUCUAUCUGAGUGUGGUCAUCAGACACGGAUUUCAUAUUUUACAUCCUCACCCAGAGCUUGUCAACUUCAUUCCAGAAUGCAAAGGUGGUCAAGGAAAGGGCUUCGUUAGUGUCCUCGACCUUCCGUCCAUUACGUACAUCAAUUCUCACCUCCCCACAGAAGUGCAGCAUAAGUGGAAGCUGCUGUUUUCUUCUCAGGUGCAUGGAGAAAGCUUUUCCCAGCUUUGUGGACACAUUACACACAGAGGUCCUUGUGUAAUGGUUGUAAAGGACUCCAGUGGGUACAUAUUUGGAGGUUUUGCGGCUGUCUCCUGGGAAGUUAAACCCCAAUUUCAAGGUGACAGCAAAUGCUUCUUGUUUUCUGUCUUCCCCCGGAUUGAGGUGUACCCGUGCACAGGCUACAAUGAGCAUUUUAUGUAUUUGAAUCACGGACAGCAGACCAUGCCCAACGGCCUGGGGAUGGGAGGCCAGCACGAUUACUUCGGGCUCUGGAUUGACAGCGACUUUGGAAAAGGACACAGCAGAGCCAAACCCCGAUGUACCACCUAUAACAGCCCUCAGCUGUCUGCCAGUGAAAACUUCAAGGUAGAUGCCCUGGAAGUGUGGGCAGUUGGCGAUCUGCCAGAAAGUGAGGUGACCAAAGGUAAAAAGAGCAUCCUGGAUGCAGACCCCGAGGCCCAGGCCCUGUUGGAGAUGACCGGAAAGAGUCGCCAGAGCGAAGGGCUGCGGGAAGUAGCUGAAGAUGACAACGAGAAAUAAGGGUUUCUGUGCCACACCAAGAAUCCUGGAAGCUGGCAGAGAUGUUUCCCGGAUGAAGUAUUUUCCUGAACUUCCUUCUCCUCCCUUCUCUUUAUACUUUUUGUAAGCGAAUGAAAAGCUAUUGCUAAUGCAGAGUUUUGCUCUAGAGGGUUAUAGGGUGCAUCUUAUCGCCAUCCUGUCCGAAGCCAGGCAGAAAGCUGCAGAAUACCACAGAUGAAGUGGCACCAGACUAGAGUAAUAAAAAUAUUCUCACUCAACUGUACAGUUACAAUUAGGUCGGAUAUGUUCGACAUUGCCAAAUGAGCUUCAGCUAGCUCAUCUGGAAAUAACCUGGUACUUCCCAAAAUCCAGUGUUUAAAGUAAAAGUUCUCUGACAAUGGAACGAGGUGUCUACUCUAUUGUAUUGCACUCUCCCAAGUGCUUAGUACAGUGUUGUGCCCACAGUAA